AUGAUCGCAAUGGCGUUGUUCAAUCCUGGAGCUAGUUGGAUUCAUCGUAUUCUUCUCAACUAUAAACUCAUCUAUUCCACUCUACGUCUUGGUGCUAAGCAUGACAUCGCUAGUGUCAGGAAUAUACAAUGUUGCUCCAGUUCUGAUUCUCCUCUCGGCUCACCACAAAGUCCACAUUCAAUCUCUAUCGAGUCAUUCGUCGUCGCCGAACUGCUGAGCACCGAGCGAACGUACGUUGCCGAGUUAGAAUCACUCGUUGAACAUUAUGUGGAACCGUUUCAUUCGCCUGAUCUUCAACAAGGUGUUGCGUUACCGAUACGUGGUCGAAGUGACUUAGUGUUUGGUAACCUUCGCGAACUUCUCCAUUUCCAUUCACGAUUUCUCUUACCGGAAUUAGUUGCCAAUGAAAAUUCGUCAGCUGGAAUUUGUCGUGUCUUCAUUCAGCACGCGAAUAGGUUUCUCUCAUUGUAUCAUGCUUAUUGCCAAAACAAAGCCACCAGUGAUGCCAUACGCAAGGAAUUUUGUGAGAUGUCAUCAUUUUUCGCGGAUUGUCAACGACGGGCUGGUCAUCCGUUGCCGUUAGGAGCUUACUUGUUGAAACCGGUUCAAAGGAUCACUAAAUAUCAGCUUUUACUGCGAGAACUGGAACGACAUUGUCGGCCUGAGGUACGACCUGAAGUAGCUGCUGCAUUGUCAACAAUGUUAGAACUUCUUGCACAGAUCAACGCUGCCAUCCACCAGUUACAUAUUUCAGGAUUCAAUGGUGAUCUACGCUUACUGGGACCACUUCGAUUGCAAUCCGAAUGUGAUGUAUACCAGUUUAGCCGUAAAAAGAAGGGAAAAACAGCGCGGGCUCAACGACGACACCUCUUCCUGUUCGAUGGAGGGAUCCUGUUUUGUAAGAAACGUAAUCCUCCCAACCAGCCUUCAUCACUAGAUCCCGAGUACUACGAGCACAAGAUGUGUAUACCGAUGUCUUCGCUGGGCUUCUCCGAGCUGUCCCGUUCCGGCGGUUCACGUUUCGAAUUAUGGGACGAGGCGAAAUCAGAUGCCUAUGCCAUUGAAACACUAGACGCCGAACAGCGUCAACGAUGGAUUCAACGUCUUUCACGAGUUGCACCUCGAGAGGACCAACUCGUCCGACAACGACCGAAGAGCUGGACGAGUACGAUCUCGAAUGAUUCGACGUGUUCAAGCAGUACGAGAAGCAGUGACAGUGAAGUACCAGUAGACACGAAUGGUAACUCGAAGUCAACUGCUGUAUUCGCUCCAAGUUCUAAUAGUCCGGACAAUACUCCAAUCGAAGUGGACAUGCCCGUCACGUCGAUAGCUCCUAUACCGGAAUCACAUUCAGCCGAGGAACUUGUUGAUAGUUGUUGA